UUGAUUAAUACUUAGUAUUUUAUACUUUUAAUGUCAGUGUCAGUGUUAAUCAUCAUCAGUAUCAAUGCUUGUAUUUUAAAAAUUAACUUAUUUAAUGAUAAAUAAAAAAUAAUAAAGAUUAAUGUCUGAUUGUGAAAUUAUUAAAACUUAUUUUUGACGUAACACUGAGAUACAAAUUUAUAAAUUGUAACAUAUGCGUUUGAUUUAAUUUGUAAAAUAACCAAGACAGUCUGUUUGAAAAUAAUUGUUGAUUUUUUUAAAAUAUGGAUGAUGAGAAAUUAAUAAAAUAUGUACGGACUUUUAGAGGGCUUUAUGAUAUGUCACAUUCGCAAUAUUUAAAUGGAAAUUAUAAAGAAAAAAAAUGGACUGAAAUAGCUGAUAAAUUAAAUCAACCAGUUGUUGCCUGUAAAGCACGUUGGAAUAAUAUCAGAGAUAAUUUUCGUAAAUCCUUAAAAAAAAGAAUUGCUCAAGAUGAAGAAAAAGUAACGCAAUCAAAAAAAUAUAAAUAUGAAGAUCAAUUAGAUUUUUUGAUACCUUUUAUAAAAAUAAGAGACACCGAUGAUAUUUUAGACAAUGUUGUCGCAAUAAAUAUUGAUACCAUUGCUCACAUUAAAAAUGAUACUGAGCAAACUGAUGACACUGACAGCAAUGAUUACGACUAUAAUGAUGAGUAUGAUGAUCAAGAUCAAAUGAUAUCGACAUCUAAGUCUACACCACCAGAAAAAGUUCCAACAAUUCCAAGUUAUCAUGACGAUAGUUAUGUUGAUGUACCGAAACAAUCUUUGUCGUCGGAGUCGAGCAAAAAACGGAAAGCUGAUGAUCCGUUAAAAUUCGAUAACUCUGAAGCGGCAUCAGUUACUUUAAUGAAAUACGUCCUGGAACAAAGCGAAAAAACAAACCAGCAAUCUGUUCAUCCAGUGGAUGCGUUUCUUGCUGGAUUAGCGCCCACUUUAAAGUCUUUGAACCCCUAUCACUUGAACAUUGCGAAAUCUAAAAUAUUUAAUGUCGUUCAAGAAUUAGAAAUGAAUCAAAUAAUGAACGUACCGGCGGCAUUUGAACCACCUGUAACAAAAUUUUUUAUUUCGCCUUCUUCUUCUCCGUUGCACAACAACACGCCAUCAUCUACUUUUAUACCAACUGCACCUGCAGAUUUACAUAAAUAAAUAUAAAAUAAAAAGACUAAUUAUAAUCGUGUAUUUAAAACUGUAUAAUAAGUCACUAAUAAUUAUAUAUUUCAUAGCAGUAUUUAAAAAACUAAAUAUAAGACAAGUUAAUUUUGUAAAAUUAGAUCCAAUUUUUUAUGAGCUUAUUCUAAAAUUUAUUUAUAUGAGAGAAUGAAUUAAAAAAAAAAUACUUAUUAAAUUAUAAUUAAUUUUU